UCCAAAUGGACAACAGUAAAUCAAACAGUAAGAGACAAAAAGAUUGGCGUACUAUGUCUGCAAGAGACUCACCUGACCACAGACCACCAGAACCAAAUUGAUACUCUAUUCUCCCGACGUCUACGUGUCCUAAGCACAAGCGACCCAAUUAGACCAGGCAACUCAGCCGGAAUUGCCUUCGUACUGAACAAAGAGAUAACAAACACCGCGGAUGCCACUAUGAGAGUCUUGAUACCAGGACGAGCAGCAGUCUUAUCCCUAAAAUGGCACAAUAAUGAGACAAUCAAUAUACUAAAUAUCUACGCACCAAAUAACGCAAACGAACACCGAAACUUCUGGGAAAAAAUCAACUCCGAAUGGUCAAGGACACACGCCGGUACUAUAGACCUCAUGGUAGGAGACUUUAACAUCACCGAAGAACCAAUAGACCGAGCCCCCGCACGAUACGACCACGAAUCAGCCACUGAAGCCCUGAGAGAACUAAGAUCAGCACUAAACCUACAAGACACAUGGUGCCUUGAAAACCCAAACCAAAGAAUGUUCACCUUCAGUAGCAAUCACAAUUCGCUAUCACGCCUAGACAGAAUUUACACCUCAACACGCCACUCAGAAAGUAUGAUAGACUGGGACUCACAUAUCAGCCACAUCCCGACAGACCACCACAUGGUGUCGGUAAGGUUCGCACCGCCCGGAUUACCGCACAUAGGAAAGGGAAGAUGGUCGUGGCCAAUAGGAAUAAUGACAGACGAAAACCUAAUCAAAAGAAUCGUGAGAUUAGGGAUCGAAACCCAACAAACACUGGAGGAAAUGAACGUACGAGACAACACAUCCAAUCCGCAAAAGUCUUGGAGCACCCUCAAAACAAAAAUAACCGACAUAGCGAAAGAAACACUGAAAAUACACCUAGGAAAAGUCAACCAACGGAUACGGACAUUAACGAAAGACCUAUGCAAAAUAACAAAC